ACUGUCAAAGUAACCUUUUGUAUCUGUAGAGAUUUCAGAAUGGCUUCUACUCCUGAUGUCCUUCAACGUUACGAGGAGAUGUUUAGUCAUCGAUUUACAUUAGAAGAUGAGGAAUAUCAGAAAUAUGUCCAUCGCCCUGCAGAUCCACCUCCUGUAUUAGAAGACUGGUUAAACAGAGAACGCAAGGUGCCUUCCAAACUUGAGAUCCUUCAGAAUUAUGAAAAGAUGUUUGCCCAUCGAUUUACGUCAGAAGACAAGGAAUAUCAGAAAUACGUCCAACGCCCCGCAGACCCACCUCCCCUAAUAGAAGACUGGAGAAGCAGAUCGGGGGGUCAUCAACAAUAUAGAGAUCGGUUCAGAGAUGGCAGACAGUUCAGAGGCAGAGGGGAGAGAUAUGACCAGCAAGGAGGCUAUCGGUCUGGUCAGUGGCAAGAAAGAGGCUGGGGCAACAGCUACGAGCGAUAUAGAGAGCCACCUUAUCCCCAGCACAGACCGUUGUCCCACUACGGUUACAGCUCUUACUCUUCACGGCCUCAGUAUGGUCGUUACUGAUAGGACCCAUUGAUUCAACCUGCAGUUGAAUUUCCAGUGUCAUAAUCUCCCUCUUUUGUUCCUUCAGAUGGAAAUCUUGAUUUUAUUUGGUUAGGUUUUGAGUUUGUAUAUAAUAGGUUUGGUGGUUUGUUUUUUUUAAACGCAAAGCUUGCUGAUGUAUUUUUGCAAUAUAGUUUAGCAAAGGUAGCAGAUGUUUUGAAACUGAACUGCAAAAAGGUAAAACUGUGGCUUUGCUGCCCUCCUGUUCAUUUCUGCUUCCCAUUUUAUGCCACUGGCCACUGAUAUUUAACAGUUUUGGGGGGAAAUAAAUUGGGUUUGUAUUUGUCAAGAGCUGUUAGCACAAAAGCAGGGCUGCUCUUUCUGACAUUCUGACUCCUACCUUGCUGUUGCUAGUGGGUAGAUGUAUUACUAAUUUUAAUCUUUCGUUGUGGGAGAGAAACAUAUAGGUUGCAUUUUUUGGAACACUGGCUACUGCUAAUAAAUAGGCUUGUGCUUUCAGGAGUAA